AUAUAAAAUACUGUGGACUGGAAUUUUUACUAUCAAGACAAGAUGCCAGGCCGGACGGUAAAGGAUGUCUACAUGGCCAAGUCUAUGUCAGACCUCAACAAAUUGGUGGACAUCUCCAAACAGAAGCUUGGAAACAAUCCGAAACUGCUGAUAAAGACAUCAGAGACGAUGUUGAAAGGUGCAGAGGAGAGUGACAUGUUGGGAGAUGAGGAGAGAGCCUAUGUCCUCUUUAUGAGAUUCUUCAACAUCAUUACGGCCGUAAAGAAAAUGCCGGAGUAUCGCAAGCAGAAGGAUUUCUACGAUAAACUCAUUGGCCAGAAGAAUGUUCUGAAGUGUUUGGACAAGGCAGAGACCCUUUCUAAAAGUCUCAAAAACAGGUACGACUUCUCGGAGGCUCAGGAAAUUGCCAAGAAGCUCGCCUCAUCUGAAGAGAAGAAAGUAGAAGAAACUUCAGACUUAGAGACUGAAAAAAAAUCUGAGAGUGGAGAAAAAACAAAGUCUGUGUCUAAAGAAUCAAGUCCAGAUCCUGUGACAGUGCCACCACCCCAGCCAGAAGGGCAGAUAACUCCAGUCCAGUUGUUUUCCUUGCUGAACGAGAAUAAUGAACAGAUGGCCAUUAUGGAUGUUCGAUCGGCUGUAGAAUUUGAAGAAUCGCACAUACGUCACCGAACCUGUGUCAAUGUACCGACGGAGAUUGUGUCACCGGGGACAACUGUGACAGUAAUUGAGAAGCACCUACCUGAAGAUUCUCGGUCACUAUGGCAACAACGUGGUCAUUUGGAUCAUAUUGUAUUAGUGGACUGGUCUUCCACCCUGGACAAGGUUACUAUCGGAACAACCUUGAGGACACUCAAGGACGCUCUAUUUAAGUACGACUCAACAGUAAUAAUCCGUAGUGAACCAGUUGUCCUGGAAGGUGGAUAUGAACAAUGGUUGUACCACUAUCCUCAGCUGACCACAAACCCUCACAUCAAACACUCAUCAGUGUCAACGAUAUCAUCAGCACCUUCAUUGGACUUCGACUAUCCAGAUGAUAUUAAUGUUGAUGACAUACUAAACCCUAAAAAACCACCUACACUAGAAAAAUCAAUGGACCUAUCAGAUUCUUUGUUACAAUUCUCUCAAGGAAUGACUGACCAAUCAGGAUCAAUGAAACAUUUGACUCAAGUAAAUGGUGAUGUAGGUAGAAUGAUGCCAAGAAUUGACAGGUCUACAAAACCAAAGCCAGGAACCAAUCAGAAAACCCCACAGAACCAACCAAUCACAACGUCUGUUACAGCAAGGGAGGGUUCAGAUUUGUAUCCAUUAGUAUCUAGUUUGACCUCUCCUUCAAGGUCAUUGAAUGGACCGGAGAGGACAAAUACAUUACCAGAAUCUAAGAAACUUGGCACAGACAACAGUGUUAGUCUAGAGAGUAAGUCCAAUGUGGCUCUUUCAAAAUAUUCUGAGGAACUGGAAAAGGAGAAAGCAGCAUUGGAACAAAUUCGCCAGCAAAAAGCGGAAGAACUGGCAAGUUUUCAGAAGGAAAAGGACAGAAUUGCAAAAGAAAGAGAAAGCAGAAUUGAAAAAUUAAAAUUUGAAGAAAAUCAGCUCUCAAAAAUGGAACAGAUGAAAGCAACACAAGCAAAAGACUUGGCAGAUUUAUUGCGGAAGAAAAAGAAAUUAGAAGAGGAUAUUAAAACGGAGACAACUGCAGGACUCCAGGAUGAGGAGAGGAAGUAUCAAGAGGAGCAGGCAAGGAAGGUGGAGUUGAUCCGCAUGCGACAGGAAGAGGAAGAUAAGCAACAGCGUAUGGAGGAAGUGAUGAGGCUACGACAGGAGAGAAAGAAGAAGGAGGCAGACGGACAGGAUGCUAUAAGCAGUGCCCAACAGCAAGCAAAGCAGAUAGAGGAGGAAAAUCAGCAGAAACUACGGGAGGCAUCAGAGAGGGCAGAGAAACUCCGUCAGGAGAACGAAAGGAAGAAAUUAGCUGAACAAAGGGAUAAAGAGGCAAAAGAAAAGGCUACAGAGGAGGCAAAACAACGGGACCAAGAGAGACGAGAACGUGAGGCAAAGGCACGCAUAGAUACUCAAAAAAGACAGCAAGAGGAACAGCAAAGACAGAAGGAAGAAAGGGAUAAACAAGAGAGAGCUAGACAGGAGAAAGAGAGAGAAGAGAAGGAGAAAAAGCAUCAGGAUGAAAAAUCCCGCGCAGACAUGGCUCUUCGAAUCGCUCAGGAUAAAAUGAGGCAACUCAACGAUAAACCACAAGUGAGGACGAUUCCCUCACCAAACCUGCCUGAUGGCUGGGAAAAACAGCGGGAUAACAAAACUGGCCGCUACUUCUACGUGGAUCACAAGAACAGUCACACCCAAUGGGAGCCUCCGAUGGUUUAUCAACCAGACAUACGAAAAGAAACUGGGAUACAAGAUCCUCUUAGAACUCCACAGAGGGAUGUGUACAAAACCAAGUUAAAAGAUGAACCGGAGCAGGGAAGAUCUGGAGGACUGAAACGUUCCUUCUCCUCGCCAGACAUCACCAAACUGAUGGAGGAGGAGGGACAGCUCAAGCCGAGCAUGCCCUCUGUUGAUAGAACCAAGAAACCAUCUCAAAGGGUUGAACCUCGUCCACAACCAGCAAGUACACGCCCACGAAACCUGAACCCUACAUAUGGAAACGUGGGAUCAGCAUUGACCGGAUUGAGGAACCUCGGAAAUACUUGUUACAUGAACUCAAUCGUACAAUGUUUAAACAACUGUGCUCCGCUGGUCCAGUAUUUCCUUACUGACCGUUACCUGUACGACAUCAACAGGGACAGUGGACCGGACAGCUCAGGUUACCAGGUUGUCGACGAGUUUGUGGUGAUUGUGAAGGCACUAUGGAGCGGGCAGUACAGAAACAUCACACCUCGGGACUUCAAGUAUAUUGUGGGGAAGUACCAGCCUAUGUUUGCAGGGUACGACCAGCAAGAUUCGCAGGAAUUCCUAACAUUUGUCAUGGAUGGUCUUAACGAAGGACUCAACAAAGUGAAAGUUAAGCCAAAGCUUGCUGACUCUGAUACGGACAAACUGCCGGAUAUUCAAGCAUCUGAUGUGGCUUGGCGUCGCCAUUGUUUGCUUUAUCAGUCGAUCAUAGUUGACCUAUUCCAGGGGAUGUUACGAUCCACAUUAACGUGCCUUACCUGUAGACACAGGUCAGUGACUUUUGAAGUUUUUAUGUACCUGUCACUGCCGAUUCCCUCCGGAUCUCGCUGCAGUCUUCAGGAAUGCCUCCAGGAGUUUGUAAAGGCUGAGAAAAUGACCGGAAGUUCUCGCUGGAAGUGUCCAAAUUGUCGGGUGGAGAGGGACACUGAGAAGAAAAUAGACAUCUGGAAACUGCCCCCACUCCUCAUCAUAGCUCUAAACCGGUUUGUUUGGGAGGGAAUGUGGCGACAGAAAAUUAACUCGUAUGUGGAUUUCCCAGUAAACGAUCUGAGUCUGGACAAGUUUGUACGGGGUCCAGGGAACAACCCUCACUACCAACUGUACGGCGUGUCUAAUCACUAUGGGACAAUGGAUGGCGGUCACUAUACUGCCUACUGUAAGAAUGCUGUGUCCAAGAAGUGGAACAAGUUUGAUGACCAUGAGGUGUUUGAGAUGUCCAGUUCAGAGGUUAAGACUCCUGCUGGUUUUGUGCUAUUCUAUACUACCGUGAACUUCACAGCUCCGACAUAUCGUCAGCCAUUUUGAUCGUUAGUGGUGUUCAUUUCUUUCCAUACGUUAGUAAAAUUUUACAUCAGAUUUAGAACAGCAACAAACUAGAUUUGACUCAUUGAACCGGUAUACCCGGUAGUCAUUAAGGACAGUGUCCAGACUAACAAGGUUCUGAUGUAUAAAGUUGGAAAGAUGUCCAGAAUUCUACUGUUCAAAUGGUUCACCACAUGAAGAAACCUGAUAGUGAUGACAGUGUGUACACAGCUUCUCAGAUAAAUGGAUAAAGUGGCACCCAUGGUAUAGAAAUAUACCUAAUUAACACCAACAUAUAAAAGUAUUAACAAGAGCAUCCUAAAAAUGAUUCUUAUAAGAACUGAUUUUACAUACAGAAAGAGAGUUGGAGUAUGUAUGAUAGAAUUUCUUUCCGAUGUAAUUAAUUCACUUUGAAUUUAAAACGGUUUUUUUUCUUCAAUUUUUCGAGGCUGGUAAUAGGGUCAAAUAUUCAACUUACGAUAUUGUAUUAGAAUACCACUCUGUUCAAUCGAUCAUGAUUACUGUUUGAGUAGCAUCUUUAUUCUACUUUGUAUGUUGAUGUGACUGGAUGGGUAACAAAACUGUAAUAACAGGGGUGGGCUUAUUACCAGAUAGAUUACCUCUACAUAUAUAGGGAACAACCAACCAAUUGAAAAAAUAUAUUUUUGAAACAGCCCCUGUGUAUAGAACGUU